GGAAAUUUGACAAUAUAUGCUUAAAUAUAGCAUAUAUUGUUUUAAUAUACUAUGUUAAAAAAAAUUAAAAAAAUACUCUCCAAUUAAUUAUAAUCCCAACUUUACCCUCCCCAUUUCAAACUUUCACUCUCCCUCUAACUCUCAGUUUUCUCUCUCUCUCUCUCUCUCUCUCUCUCUCUCUCUCUCUCUCUCUCUCUCUCUCUCUCUCUCUCUCUCGUUCUCACGCAAACCAGACAACACAUACCCCAGUCACCGGACCACCCCUCACUCACCGGACCACCCACGACACCCACCCCUCACGCAAACCAGACAGCCCUCACCCCACUCACGGACCACCCCCUCACCACCCGACCCCAGCAUCCAGAGGAAAUCGCGAAACCCAUCUCAGACGACAUCGCGAACUCUUCGAAGAAGAAAUCGUGAAACCCCAGACGAGAUCGAGAAACCCCCAUUCGCGACACCCCCAAACGAAACCCAGAUCCAAAACCUUAAAAAAAGAUGGCUCCUGAACUUAAACUUCCAAUUACCUCUCAUUUCACGGGACGUCUUACCUAUCGGGGUACAGAUAGGUUCAGAUAUAUCAAGGCCAAGUUUACUGAGAUGGAUUUGGUUGAGACAGUGAAGGCUAGUCCUUUCGGACACUUUUGGGAAGCUGGAGAGUUAACUUUCUCUGGCGCGUUGGUCCACAGCCUCCUCUUACGAAAAAUGAAAGUGGACACAGAAAAGGAGGAUGAGGUUUGGUUUCAUGUAGGGAGAAAUGACAUGAGAUUCGGACGGAUAGAGUUUGGACUCAUUACUGGCUUACCUAUGGGUAGUGCCCCUACGGAGGAGGAAAUACACGCCAAGUCCAACGACCAUCUAGUUCGGACUUAUUUUGAAGGGAAGAGUUCUGUUCAGUUGGACUCCCUUAUGAUCCAACUUGAGAGGUGCGAAGAUAAAGAUGAUGCCUACAAGCUUGGACUGAUCGCUUUCAUUGAAGGUGUAUUAGUAUCAAAGGAGGGCAAUGUCCAAGUUUGGCCUGAGAUGUUGAAGUUUGUUAACGAUCUCGACUUCUUCUUUAAGUAUCCGUGGGGCGAGCGCGCUUUUCGUAAGCUGAUGGAGACAUUAGGAAAGAAUAUGCAACAUUACAAGGAUAAUGUUGACAAGAAGAAGGGGAAGAAGAUUGCUCAGGAGGCAAAGUACACAGUUAGUGGCUAUGUACCUGCCUUUCAGUACUGGGCAUACGAAGCAAUUGAGAAGUUGGGGAAGAAGUAUGCCCACUGCAACGGGACCAAGUUCCCCGUAAUGUUGGUGGAAAACACGGAGGGCCGGCGGAAACAAGAUGUCAAGGCAACCGAGCAUUGCACUGUUAUUCAACAGUCGGUUGGUGGUGAAGAAGUGCUUGUUUCCCCGGCCCAGUGA